ACUGUGCUGUUUUUUUCGAUGCAGCUAUUAUUUCUACUUCUUUAACGAUGAAGAUACUUAAUACAGUGAUUAUUCGAGCUGGAUUAUGCUCCUUAUUCGCUUUAAUAUGCAUGUUCUCAAGUGGUUUGUGUUACCACCAAAUUGGUGAUAAUGUUCUGUUCCAUUGCUGGUGGGGCAAUGCAUCAGUUUCAAAUCCUGAUCCUAUUGAUUGUCAUGAUAUUUCCCUUGCUUGGAAUGAAGAGCCCCCAUCUGAAGUAAGAGUUGGCCAGCGAUUCAAUGUCAGCUACCACAUUGAGGCUACAGAUGACUUCUACGAGUCUCUCUUUGGUUUUCACUUGAGCUCUUAUAACAUCAACAGCUCAAAUGACCUAAGGACCUUCUGUCACUCAUCACCUUGCCCAACUCAAAUGGCGUCCUUGAGGUCUUUUAAAGAGAACUGCUGCGUGUGGCAUGCUAAUAUACACGUGUGUCAUCCUGGAAACUGUGGCAAGCCGAGUCAGAUAUGUGGUCCGUGGGUAGAUAAUGAUCAGGUUCAGUCGACACACACGAUUGCAACGUUUGGCAACAUCAAUGACACAUUCACUGCCGAAGUAUUCAUUGAAGUCCCUGAAAUAAACCACAUGAUAGCACAUGUUAAAUUGGGAGAGAUGCAAAUGGCCAUACAGAAGAGUAUAUAUGUCACUGAUCACUAUUGUGGUGAUGGGAGAUGCAGUGAUUCAGAAGACUGUAGCUCAUGCUCUGUUGACUGCUGUGCAUCACUGCCUAGCUAUGUGGUGGCUCUCUCAAGCUCACUUAGCAGUGUUAUAUUCCUUGCUAUUGGUCUAACCAUCAUACUAUUCAUAGUGUGGUUCUACUAUCAAAAGCAAAAGUUGUUUUAUGACGAGAGCUGGAUCAUCGAUUACUCUGAUUUGAGACUCUGGGAAGGCAAUGAUAAAGGUAGUAUGAUGAGUUUGAUCAAUUCAAGGAUUCAUGGAGAAACUGACAAUGUGUCUGGACAAGGUAGUGUCUUUAAUUUAAAUGGAAAUAGACAAAUAUUCAUACCAACUGGAGUCUAUGAAGGUAAAACUGUUGCCAUAAAGAAACUAAACUAUAGGAGUCGUGAAUUACAGCUAACGAAAACACUCAGAAAAGAAGUCAUGCAAAUAAGGUCUCUUGAUCAUGCUAAUGUGUGUAGAUUCAUUGGAGCAACUCUAAGAAGUUCUGAAAAUGUUAUUAUUUUAACAGAGUAUUGCCCAAAGGGAAGCUUAAAUGAUGUCCUACAGAAUGAUGAUAUUCCAUUAAACUGGGGGUUCAGGUUCUCGUUUGUUACUGAUAUUUCUAGAGGACUAGCUUACCUUCACUCUAAAAGGAUUGUUCAUCAUCGCUUGAUGUCAACAAACUGUGUCAUCGAUGAUCGCUGGGUCGUCAAAAUUACAGAUUAUGGAAUUCCUUCGUUGCGUGUUUGUGAUUCUGACAGAGCCUCAGAAGAGGGAGAGAGAAGAAAGAGGUGUCUUGUUUUCUUCCCACCAGAAGAAAGGGACUCAACUUAUUACAUACCAACACUCUCUGGCAAUGUCUAUAGUUUUUCUAUUAUUUUACUGGAGACAGCCACCAGAAUUGACCCUUAUAGUGAAGAGUUAUUUAUUGAUACAACAACUGGACGUCCAAGACUACCUGAUUUGGCACAGGAAGGAUGUCCUUGUCCAAGCACAUACCAAGAAUUAAUAGAGUCUUGUUGGGAUGAGGUACCUGGUAACCGCCCGUCAUUUGAUCAAAUCAAAAAAUCAAUUCUGAGAAUGAAUCCAAACAAAGAGAGUCCAGUGGACACAAUGAUGAAAAUGAUGGAGAAGUAUUCAAAGCAUCUGGAGGCAUUGGUGGGGGAGAGGACUCAAGAACUAAUUAUUGAGCAGAAGAAAACACAGCAGCUAUUGUACACCAUGUUACCACAAGCUGUUGCUGAUGAACUCAGACAAGGAAGACCAGCCUCAGCUAAGCAAUACUCAUCAGUAACCAUUUAUUUCAGUGAUAUAGUUGGUUUUACAACACUGGCUGGUGCAAGCUCUCCAAUGGAAGUUGUUACUUUUUUAAAUGAGCUGUAUUCAACAUUUGAUGACAUACUCGACAAGUUCGAUGUAUAUAAAGUGGAGACUAUAGGAGAUGCAUAUAUGGUUGUCUCAGGAGUGCCAAGAGUUAAUGGUGAUAAGCAUGCAGGAGAGAUUGCACGAAUGGCCCUACAAUUACUGGCAGCUUCCAAGAUAUUUGUAAUACCACACAAACCAAACACUGAACUAAAAAUAAGGAUUGGGAUCCACUCUGGGCCUGUAUGUGCUGGUGUAGUGGGCCUCAAGAUGCCUAGAUAUUGCUUGUUUGGUGAUACUGUCAAUACUGCUUCAAGAAUGGAAUCUAACAGUGAAGCAAUGAAAAUACACUGCAGCAAUGACACAGCACAGUUGCUCAAGAAAGUCGGUGGGUUUCAGUUGGAAUGUCGUGGCACUCUUGAAAUCAAAGGGAAAGGACAAAUGACCACAUGGUGGCUAAAAGGAGAAGAUAAACCUAGUUCUUCAUCUUCAAGGCGUAUCAUUGUGAAAAGCAGUGGAGGUACUGAGUUGUAUAGUGAAGGGGCUCAGUUAAGAAGCUCAUCUGCAGUCCUCAGAACUCCAAAUCGAGUAAUUAUAAAUAUCCCUGGAACUCCAAUGCAAUAAAGCAGCUUAUGCUAUACAUACUAUUAGACAUUAGCUGAUUGCAUUGAAUCUAUUUCACUUCAUUUUAUGCUUCAACAAUGUAUCAUGGACAUAAUUAUUACAAAUCAUUGAUUAUGCACUCAA